AUGCUGCAGGCGGUGGGCCAGAUCUGCUCGAGCAACUCGAUGGCGCACAACCUCGAGCAGUGCGUCAAGCUGGUGGGCCAGGCCGCGGCCGCCGGCGCCAAGAUCCUCUUCCUGCCCGAGGCCUCGGACUACAUCGCGACGUCGGCGCAGGAGUCGGUGGCGCUGGCGCAGCCGGUAGCGACGUCGCCGUUCGUAGCGGGUCUGCGGUCGGCGGCCGCCGCGCACAAGCUCGCCGUGCACGUCGGGAUCCACGUGCCGGUGGCCGUGCAGCCGUCGGCCGCCUCGCCCUCUGCUAGCAUCGGCCGCGUCCUGCCCGCCGUCCCGGUGCCCGAGCGCGACGCGCCGCCCUCGACCCCAACCACCACCAAGCUCUACAACCGCACGAUCUACAUCGGGCCCGACGGCAGCCUGCUCGAGGCCGGGGCGUACGACAAGCUGCACCUGUUCGACUACCCGGACGCGGCGCUGCGCGAGUCGGCGACGACGCAGGCGGGCGCGGCCUUCGCGGCGCCGUUCGACUCGCCCGUCGGGCGCCUCGGCAGCCUCAUCUGCUUCGACCUGCGCUUCCCGGAGGCGGCGCUGCACCUGGCGGCCUCGCGCGCCCGCGACCCCGCCCAGGUCCUCCUCUACCCCAGCGCCUUCACCGUGCCCACCGGCCGCGCCCACUGGGCCGUCCUGCUGCGCGCCCGCGCCGUCGAGACCCAGUCCUACGUCGUCGCCGCCGCCCAGGUCGGCCGCCACAACCCCGGCCGCAGCCCCCGCGUCAGCUACGGCCGCAGCCUCGUCGUCGACCCCUGGGGCCGCGUCCUGCUCCAGCUCCGCGGCGUCCGCCCUUCUUCCUCCGGUGGUGGUAGUGGUAACCGCGAUGACGACGACCACCACCACGCCGACGCCGACCCCGAGUCCCCCCCCGAGUACGACGCCGAGGACGGCGCCGUCGGCCAGCUCGGCAUCGUCGACAUCGACCUCGCCGAGUGGCACCGCGUCCGCACCCAGAUGCCCCUUGUCCGGAGGACCGACGUCUAUCCCCGAGUCUGA